GAGGGAGGAAGUCGCAGCUCCAGCAAGGAGGCGUCUGAGCUUGGCACCCCUGCUGAAGCCAAGAGGGCCUUGGACUUCGGGCUCCCCGAUACGAAGGAGAGAGGUGAUGCCUUCCAUCUGAGUCAAGCAGACCAGCUGGGAUUUGGGUUCGGCAUCUGCAGUCGUUCCGGAAGCAAGGACUCAACUUCAAGCGCACGGCUACGCGGCAAGGAUGCUUCACCGUCUUCGCCGUGGUCCGAAAGCGAGACUUUUGCUGCAGUCCGCGAUUGGCUGAAGAGCCCGACCGCCAUUGCCAACGAUCUGGGGCUCGACACCAGGCGCGACCGGUCUGAUACGGAGCCCUCCGGAAUUUUCCAGGAUGCCUUGAGCCGAACCCAUGCCGGCGUGAAGUCAUUGAUCACCAAGCCCGAUGCAGAUCCACUGAGCCAAACGUCUUCCAUCUCAAGACCCGCGCACGCCGAUGGUCGCAUCCUUCCGAAGCCGAAGCAGAAGAUGGCCUCUCCGACUGCCUCGAGACGAGCGUCUGCUGACACUGAGCUGCGCGAAGAAAGUAUAGAUAUUUCGGUGGCAGUCUCAGAAUGUCUUGGUCGGAGCGGUGUAAUUGCUGAUUCCGUAGUAGGUCCGACGACGAGCGGUACUGUCUGCUGGAGUGCAUGGGCUUCCAACUUCCAAUUCUGUGAGGUCUUCGCACGACAGGCCAAGCAGCAGCAGCCGCUGGCGCAGCCAAUGGCAAGGGAGCCAAGACGGCCAUGUCUCCACAUAGAUUUGAGUACUGUACUGAAGCUCCUGCUAAGCCUGUGA